CUUGUAAUAUACAGGGCAUUUAAUUGCGUAUUUAGUAAUAAAAUUUUAAUUAUUUUAUUGCCAUGUCUCGGCAUUACUAAUUUUUACGAUAUGUAGUAAAUUACGUCCAGCUAUGAAGUCUUGCAGUUUUGAUCAUAUAUAAACGGAUGGACGGAUGGAUAUUUCAUAAAAUGAUGUAAAAAUCCUUGUGUGUCGAAAGGGCAUCUCUAUAUAUGAACUAGGAAAUGUAAAUCUACGACUAGAUCUUACAUAUAUGAGAUGAGAAUUUUCAUUGAAAUCGUUUUGUUAAAAUUAAAAUUAUAAAUCAUGUGAAGUGAGAAAAUAAUAAUAACAAUAAAAAAUAAAUAAGAAAAACAUACAUAUAUAUAUUCUACUAAAGGUGAUGGAAUGUUUGCAGAAAUAGUCACUGAACAUUAGAAGAAUGGACAAAAAAAACGAAAUGUAUAUAAUCUAACUGGAUUUAUUUUUUGAUUUGUGGUGACAAGUUAUAAAUUUAACGAAUGACAAAAACAUACUUAUGUUUAUUCUUAUCAGAAGUUGUGUUUGCACCUAUCAUAGAUUAAAGGUACAGGUGAUGAAAUUAUGACCAUAGGGUCGCAGUGGAGCAUCAUUUACUUAAUUUACUGUAGCAAUAAAUUACCUUAAAUCUUUGUGUUUUAAAGUGAAAUUGGUACUAAUCACUUAAACUGAUCGACAGUUCUAUAAAGAAGGAGACGUUGUUCAUAUACUCGUAUUAGAGUAGGAAAAAAGGUUAUUAACUAGAAUUUUGUUAUUCAUUUUUUUUUACCCCAAACGAUCGUUAAAAACUGUGUUGUGUGUUUUUUUUUUCGAUCAAUACAUACGUAUACGCGAGUGUUUUCGUACUAAAUUAUCCAUAAUAAUCAAAUUUUAGUGAAAUGUAAAAUAUUAUUUGAUUUUAAAGUUAGCAGCUAUGUUUGACUUCAAGAAGCCUAGGUUAUUUGACGCAGCAUUGUUUUUCACUGGAUUAGUGGCGUUCGUUCUCCACGUGCUUGGGACAGCGUUCCCGUACUGGUGGGUCGUGCACGAGAGAGCUGGACAAACUAUAACGCUGACAUUCUAUUAUGGUAUUUGGGUUAUUGUGGACUGUCGAAAUGACACGUGCAUAACUACGUCAUCGAGGAUGCACGAAGAUAGAGCUUGGCUGAUAGGCCCAGCAGUUUUGAUAAUACUAGCAGACGUUCUACUUCUUGCUGUUGUUAUACUGACGUAUUGUUACAUUGUGCACGAGAAACAUGGGCUGGUGUUCAGGAAACUUGGAGUUCUGUUAAGCACGGGUGCAGGCGGCAUCAUUAUAAUGGCAGUUUUAAUAUUUUACAAGAAAAAGGCAGGCUUAAGACCUUCUCAGGCACCAGAGACGAGUGACGGCGACCCAAGUUGGGCACUCUUGCUUUCUUCGAUGGCGUCAAUCAUUGCGGUGUUGCACGGUGCAGUUAGUGGUUGUUAUGCUAAGAAAAUGUGGAAGAAAGGUGAAGAUAAAAGAAAAAAGACGGUGUUUGGUAUAGAGGCGGGAGAGCUUGAAGUUGACGUGAACGCGUUACGUCGUGGUCAACUUUCGUUUGGUAAAGAUAUAAACAAACUGGAGACGAUGAGAGAAGAAAACGGCUGGAAAUAUUGAUCAACAAUGGUGAAGUUGCACGUAUUUCGUGAAUUCACAGGUCUACAAUUAUGAAUGUACCGCAACUACGAGACAAAAAAACUUCUUAUAAAGAAUAUAUAUACAUGUACCGUGUUCGCAUGAAAGUUCGUCUUUAUAUAAACCUUACCAACUAUGCUCUUUAAAUUUGUCUAGGAGACGUUCCUGAAGUUAGACAAUUUAGGCAAUCAAAUGUUAUAGUUUACAUGUUU